GUUGAUGACGCUUGCCAUCGGGAGACAUUUGGACAGCCUAUGUAACCCAUAUACCGAGCAACAAAUGGUGCGUGUGCGCCGCAGAUGUGAUGCUGGAGUUAGGAGGAUGUUUCCGCCGACUGUGUGGCUUUAACGCUGUGCUGCAGACCCUGCUGCAGGAGGACGAGCCGCGCGGUAUCAUCUGUUGAUCGGAUCGGAGACAAUUAAAGCGCAUUAUCAUGAGCCGCCGCGGUCCGACUUACAGGUGAAAUUUGAGGAGAGUGAAAUGAUUCCAAAGUCAGGAAAAUCUCCAGCAGACUCACGGAAAAGUGUCGGCAUCCAUGAGUUUGCAGCACUUGCCAGAUCCUCCUUAAACGGUAUUUCGCAGGCAGUGAGGGACCAUGUGACAAAGCCCACCUCCCUGGCUCAGGGCCGGGUCGCCCACCUCAUAGAAUGGAAAGGUUGGCCCAAACCAGCGGGCCCCUCGCCGGCUGCCCACUCCCACUUCAGCUCCUACUGCCAUCUGACUGAAGGAGAGAAGGAGGCCCGGUUUGCUGCAGGAGUGGCUGAGCAGUUUGCCAUCGCAGAGGCUAAGCUGCGUGCCUGGGCGUCUAUCGAUGAUGAUGACGAGGAGGAAGACUCCAACGAUGAAGACACCCACAGCAACGGACAGACUCACACCUUCUCCAACCAGAGCUCAGACGACGCCACGUCCAAUACUAUCACCGGAGCGCCACGCCAGCCUGAGGUGGACGGCGGUGAGGCGCCACCCUCCUCCGAUAGUCCCCUGGGCUCCAGCAGCAGCAGCAGCAGCCUGCUCUGUGGUAGGCCUGCAUCUCACAAUGACCCACAUUCAUCCCAGACCAAUUCACCUACUUUACCCAGCGACUGCAUGAGUCCAUUCCUGGAGGAAGAGGAGGAGGAGGAGGAAGAGAGGCUGGGCAGUCAUGAGGAGCAGCCGGCUCCUUUGCAGGAGCAGCACAGCGAGGUCUGCAUCCACCACAAGCCUGAGUGGAGGCCUCGGGGCAGGAGCAGCAGGUUCGACUCCUGCUACUCCACCUCUCACUCCGAGUCCCCCGGAGAGGAGGACGAGGAGGACGAGGAGGAGGAAGGCAGCGUGUUUCAUGAUGGCCGAGUGUGGCACUGCAGCCCGAGGAGCUUCUUCUCUGAUCGCGCUUCUUCUGGAGUGGCCUCAUUCGAUGAGGAGGAGGAGAGGGAUGAAGUAGAGGAGAAGAAGGAGGAGAAAGAGUAUUUGAUGUGAUGUAUUGUCCAUCUUUAUGUCUCUUUGAGUCCGUGUUGAUUCUGGAUAUGACAUAAUCUAUUCUGCUUUCACUGUAAACCUCUCUCCACCACCUCCUCCUCCUCUCCUGUCCUUCCUCUGAUCAUGUCUCCUCCACUCGCUGCCUUCUGUCUCAUCCUCCAGGCCUUCCAUGUACUGAUCUCCCUCCACCGUUGAUCGCUGCUGUAAACAGUAUAUAUAUAUAUGUAUAUAUAUAUAUAUACAUAUAUAUGUAUAUAUAUGUAUAUAUAUAUUGGAGAGUUCAACCAGAAUGUAAAGCUGUUGUUCAAACUGAGUUUUGUACAUUUUUUUGUCAUGUGAGUCAUGUGUUGCUAUUGCAUUGGUUUUCUAUGGAUAUUUUGUAGUGUUGUUUUAUUCGGGGUCAUGCUGUGUCAUGUGGGGUAGGGCUAUGUUUGAUACUGAAUGUCUGAGU